UUCUCUCCUUUCAUUUUGCGCAUCAGUCGGGAACGACGCAGAGCAACUGGAGGCUGCACCGAGAUUUUUUUUUUUUCAUCAUGCACAUGAUGCUUUUUAUUAUUUUUUCACUGAAUAGGCUGUAGGAAAUAGAGUUUAGGCUUUGACCGUUCGAUUAAUAAAGCAACAAUAACAACAACAGAGCAUUAGGCGUUUAUUUUGUUUAAUAUAAAACCAACUGGCAUUGUGUAGCACGGACCUCGGGGAUCUCACGGACAAAAUGCGCGUACAACAACUCCACACGGUAUUUUACGCGUGCGCGCACCUGUGUUUAUUAAGCUGCGUGCUUCAAAGCGUACAGAGUCAGCGGGACUCGACACCUCUUAGGCGGACCAUUCAGUGGAAGCACGACGGCAGACUCUUCAGCAUCCUGAGUCAGGGCGCGCAGUACGUGCCUCCGUUAAGGAGAAACGGAAAUGGAAAUGGAGAGCAGCAGCAGCAACAGGAGCAGCGGCAACAGCAGUCUCCGGUCAAACCCCUAACCGUGAUCAGCAGCGUCCAUGCAAGACAAAGCGAGCCGUCUAGUUCUUCCGCGCCAUCGCACUUACACGGAUCGCGCCGGUUGCCUCUCAGGCGCGCCGGUGCGCCUCGCGGGCGCGUAAACGAAACCGCGCGCACUGCUGCGGAGCAAGUUCCUUCUGCGUCUCCGUUUCCGCCGCCUCCGAGAGCGCGAGAGGACUCCAUGGUCGGAGAUGAUCCUUAUAAUCCGUACAAGUACAGCGAACAGGACAACUACAACUACUAUGACGCGUACGAAAGACCAAGCCCGAGACAGAGACCCGGAUACGGAACAAGGUACUUUCAGUACGGUUUGCCUGACCUCGUGCCAGAUCCGUACUACAUUCAAGCCUCCACCUAUGUGCAAAGAGUGCCGAUGUACAACCUCCGAUGUGCUGCAGAGGAAAACUGCCUGGCCAGCUCAGCAUACAGGUCCAGUGUGAGAGAUUAUGAUACGCGGAUGCUGCUACGCUUCCCACAACGAGUCAAGAACCAAGGCACGUCCGACUUCCUGCCUAGCCGGCCACGCUAUUCCUGGGAAUGGCACAGCUGCCAUCAGCACUACCACAGCAUGGACGAAUUCAGCCAUUACGACCUGCUGGACUCCAGCUCUCACUCUCGUGUGGCUGAGGGACACAAGGCAAGCUUCUGCCUGGAGGACACGUCCUGCGAUUACGGCUACUACAGACGCUUUGCUUGUACCGCUCACACACAGGGUCUGAGUCCAGGGUGUUACGAUACUUACAACGCCGAUAUUGACUGUCAAUGGAUCGACAUUACAGACGUGAAACCUGGGAAUUACAUCCUCAAGAUCAGCGUUAACCCCAGUUAUCAGGUUCAAGAAUCUGACUACAACAACAACAUUGUGCGGUGUGACCUUCGCUACACCGGCAACUAUGUAUACGUUUCAGGAUGUCAGUUGUCGCCGUAUUAAAACACUUUCAGGUCGACUUCACAAACGAAGACUAUCUGCUAUCCUGAAGAAAAGUUGCAGAUUUCCACAUUAAGACUGAAUACGAUAUUUCUGAUAUCAAUCAUUUUGAAACUUAGCGCAUAUUACAAGAUGAAGCUUAGGUAAAGUUCUGUCUUUUAUUUUAUGUCUUUUUUCUUUUGAAUCAAUUUGUUAAAAGAUUAAGAUGAAGUGAUGUUUUCAAUAAAGAAUAUAAAUUUUUUACCAAAAAAAUAUCUUCCAGCUGAAAAUAAAAUGGUCGUUCUGGUAGAAAGUGCAGUUUAUUCACCUACACGGCCAUGUUUAACUUUACAGUUAGGACAACUAAAGGUUCAGUCUGAUCCACGCUGGACAACAAUCAGCUCUUUGAAGAUGUCGGUGACGCUACAUUUGCUCAUAUUACUGCAAGACAUGUAUUACAUGAAAAUGACUUGAAUAAAUAUUCAUUCUCUGA